AUGGGGCCCUCCAAACCCGCCUACGCGAUCUACAAGCCGCUCGCCAACGGCGACUUCCUCGUCCGCCGCACCACCGACGGCGCCAUCUUCCUAGGCCGGCCGCUCGUCCCGGAUCCCACUCCGACCACGCCCGGCCGCGCCAAAACCGCCGAGCUCAUCCGCCGCGGCGCCGCCCGCCCCGCCGCCAACCUCCUCAACCACGAAAACCUCGUCUCCAUCCACGACGAGCUGGUCACCCUGUCCUUCCGCGGCCCGCCCCCCGCUCCCAAGUCCCGCUCCCGCCCUCUCUCUCUCCCGCUCUUCCUCUCCUCCCCCUCCACCUCCGCCGACGAUCCAGACCCCCACCCCGCCGCCGCGACUGCCACGCGCAUGCUCCUCUGGGACUGGAACGACGCUGGCACGCUGCAGGGCGUGUUGGAUGGGUACGCCGCCGCUGGGGAAGAGGAGGUCGCCGCUACCGGCGGCUUCCUGCCCGAGUCGUUCGUCUGGCAUGUCGCGCUGUCCUUGCUGCGCGCACUGCAGUGGCUGCAUGAGGGGAUCAGGGAGACGUAUGAUGCUGUUGCUGUUGCGCCGUCGGGGGUUUCUGCUGCUGGUGGUGGUGAUGGGGGGGAUAGGUAUGACGGGAGGAAGAGGUGGUGGAAGAGGGUGAGGGGCACGACGGCGCCCGAGCCGGAUUGGAUGCCGGUUCUGCAUCGCGAUGUGACGGCCGCGAACGUGUUCCUGCAGCUGCCGCGCGGCGUAGAGACGUACGGCGCGGUGAAGCUGGGGAAUUUUGCGCGCUGCUGGGUGUCCGGGAGCGUCAGCAAGUCCAGGGAGACGCCGGUGGUGGCGAUGGAGAGCGACGAUGAGGUGUCGCUUGGAGAGCUGAGGGAGUCGAGGGCGCGGUGGAUGAGAGACGGCUUGGGGCUGGAUAAGUCACACCGCCCUUACACGCAGGGGAGCGAGUUGUUCGCCUUGGGGGCGCUGCUCUACCACAUGAUGUGCGGCCGCCCACUACCGCCGUCCGAGGAGUGCCCCAACUGUGGGUGCAUCCACGUCACCAACAACGACGCGGCCGAGUACAGCGUCUGUGACCACGACUGCGUCGAGGACGUCAACACCGACGAGGUCUUCGGCCCGCUGGCCAGCUACACGGCGGGUCUGAAGCACCUGGCCUCGCUGCUCCUGCGGUUGAAUCGCAGCGAAGAGUGGCGGGCGAGUGCGGUCCUGGACCUGGCCUGGGUGGGGUUCGAGCACUGGGCGGCUAACACCGAGGACGGACGGUCCUAUCGAGACAUCUUCGACGACAUCUGGUUUCGGAAGCAGAAUCUCGCCCGGCUCAAGAAGCGGCAUCGAGAGGCGGAGAAAGAGGAGGCGGACCUGAUGGAGAUAGACGGCGACGUUCUGGUUGUGUAG